AUAAAGUGAGAAUCACUCCCCAAAAUUCCUCAGCUGGUAUCCUGGAGGAGAUGGUGUGAUAUCUCAUUUACUCUUAUCAUAUUGUAUAAUCCACCAGGUAAAAAUAUCAGAAUAAGGCUGAAUACGUGCUUGCAGUAAAGCAAAAGCCGGAAAAGCAAUGGCUGCUGAAGAUAGAAACCUCAUUGAAAUUCUGGAAGAGAAUCAUCCUAUUGAUAUCAGCAAAUACAUUAGUUUUGUUCAUUCACCACAAUGUGGUGCAAUAGCAACUUUUGCUGGCACAACACGUGACAACUUUGAUGGCAAGACUGUCUUGGAACUUAGAUAUGAAGCAUAUGCCACCAUGGCAGUACGCUGCAUUAAAUCAAUUUGUUCAGCUGCCCGAUCAAAAUGGAAUGUCCAUUCAAUUGCAGCUGCUCAUCGCUUGGGUACUGUCCCAGUAGGGGAAACCAGCGUUUUUGUUGCAAUCUCCUCUGCUCAUCGUGCAGAUGCACUGGAUGCUUGUAAAUUUCUGAUUGAUGAAAUCAAAGCAUCUGUUCCAAUAUGGAAGAAGGAAGUUUAUACUAAUGGAGAGGUCUGGAAGGAAAACUCGGAGUUUUUGCAGAGGUUGGAACUUGGUAAGGAUGAGAAAGCCGAGAACAGAGUGUACCGCAGUGGAAAACUCGAAGUGGAGGAGCAUGAGAAACGGGGAUGUUGCGGGGAAAAGGUGAAGGUAAAUGAUGAAGCAGCAGAUUCUUGUCGCAAUGAAGAAGGGUCUGAACAGACAGAACCUUUCCCUAGUCUAUCCAAGGUUCAGAAAGAUUGAGCAUGCUUCUGAAUAUCAAGCAACUUCUUGACAAUAAGAUGAUUGAGCCUCCAAGAAUAAAUAAACUUGCGCGUAUUCAUGCUCUCUAAAUUCUUCAGCUUAUGGCUCGACGGUCGUUGUAAUAUUAAAGGAUCAGAUAACGUUUGGGAUUAUAAUAAUAGACCUUCAUGCUUUCCUUGGGUGGAUAUGCCUUCAGAAUUGCU